AGGCAUGUGUUCCACAGAUCCAAACCACAUCGUAAAGGAAAGGAUGUCAUUCUUCGAGCACCUUUGCAAGGAGGAGGUUAGAUCGUUCACCCUCAGGCGUGUUCGUCCCUCAUCGACAACGUCCUUACCCCAAUCUUCAUCACUUCCUCCACCAAAGCCAAAACGCACCUUCAUGCACACAUCAUUCACACCUCCGUCAGAGGUACAAAAGAGAAAUGGGGGCCACUUAUCUGAUGGGAAAUUAUUCUCAUCAACGAACCCUACCAUGUCAAACACUUACGAUGUGCCUAUUGUUGAGACUGCUCGAUCGAAUUUGUUUGCACCGAAACACGAACCUGUUGCCUACUACGCGUCCGUACCCAUCGAACGAGCUGCGUCUGCAUCUGCGGAUUUACCGACGACGUUAGCGCCCGACGCGAGUGCCUCGGUUCCAUCGCCGUGUAAACUCUCGCGAACGCCUGGAUUCAAAGCAAAACUCCGUACACCCAAAGGAAGACGAUCUGGCGAUUGUAGCAGAGAAGCGGACGAGGAGAUUGUGACAAAGUCGCUACAAAAGCAAAAGGCCCGUGCUCGACAUUUUCGGCGUCGAACUUUGGAGGAACGGGACAAGUACAUGGCCGCCAUGUGCGGCAAUUCGCCGCAGCUCUUCGAGUCCGUGCUCAUCGUUUCGCUUGAGCCUGAAAGCUGUGGGGAUGGUGAGAAGAAGACGAGAAAACCGACGAUCACCUAUCGAUUUCCUGAAGACAAGAAUGCCGAACACGUGCCCGCCGAGCUAUUCUUCCCAGAUUAUUCACGCGCUCAGCGCAAAACGUGGGCAAGGGAGGAAUUUGUAUUGGCCUUGACGGACCACAGUGGGGCUCGUAAAAACGCGUACUGUCACAAAUUUCUGCCAACUUGGGAUGAGAACAAUAAUUCAGAGAAUGGGACAUAUCCAGCUGUUUUGGUGGUUAUCUCUCCUAUCCGAAAUGCAGUCUUCUAUCUGGAUUUGGCUAGGACGAUAUUGAAGUACAUAGGGCGUAGUCGCUCGCACCUCACCGGUUUCCUGUCAUCGAUCAUUCAGCACAGCUAUCCACAAAAUAGAGGGGCUAGCCUCGUUGUUGUUGAGAAAUGUGCCACCGGUUGGCCGAUCAGGAUCGAGAUAUUCAACCAAGGGACCAUUCUUGGAAGAACAGGAUGCUCACAAGUUAUUGAGCGAAUAACUCCUGAGAUCACUACUUGCAUAGUCGCAGCCUUAUUGGGGGAGCAAAGGAUACUACUCGCUGAUAACACUGUAUGUUCUGUUUCAAAACUGGUACAAGUCAUGGAAGCCCUGAUUCAACCCCUCUCAUGGCCACAUGUGUUUAUCCCUGCCGUUCCGGAUAACUUACUUGACCUCUGCCAUAAUCCUACUCCCUAUUUGAUGGGAAUUUUGAGAAAUAACCUCGCUCCUAUACAUGAUCUCAUCGUUCCGGAUCCAGCCGGUGAAAACGACCUAGACCAGGUGGAUUUCGUUUUUAUCGAUGCAGACAAUGGACUCAUAAAUCCACCUCCUGAUCCCUAUAUCAACGACAGCUGUAUAGCCGCAUGGAAGCAGCAGUGCGCAGUGCAUUUCUGCCAACGACUUGGUAUGCCGAAGAAGGCAAGCAUGGCUUUAAUGACGGGUUUGAGAAAUGCACUGGCUGGUGGACCUGGAUCAGCAGCCGAUUUACGGGUCGAAAAUUUUAUGCUGGUUUGGUACACAUCCUUGUUUGGCCACUAUAAGACAAUCGCCGCUCAGCACGAGUGGGGAGCUGAAUUUAAACAGCGAUUGGUGGACACACAGCCCGACAAGUCGAUCAAGCCGUAUUUGUCUUAUCUCUGCGAGACUGUGAUGUUUCAUGAAUGGAUCUUGAAGAGGGUCUCAAAGUCCCCGGACCCAUCCGAUCCGUUACCGGGUAGCGAAGAGUUUCUCAACCGACGGAUUGACAAGCUUUACCAAGCGGGUGUAAACUGUUUUGUAACAAAGCCUUUGGCCAAAAUGUUCACGAAGGUCACAAAUGCUCUCAGGGUGAAGAAGUGAUCAAGUGUGACAGCGAGUAGAUAAAGUUUUAGCCUUAGUUUUCAAAGUUCUAUUGCUCUCGGUUCUUCACUUUGCCAUUUCACAGUCGUUGCCUUAACUUUGCAAUAGGAUAACGGUUUACUAGUCAUGUGUCUCAAUAAGUACUCAUGGUUAAAGUGGUUAUACUAACCAACUCAUAUUGACCAUAUCAUAUUUUUUGUCGACUAUAUUGAUCUCAUUUCUAAAUAACAUUUCAUAACUGUAUGUCCGAGGAACG